CCUUGUACGUAGAAGAUAUCAAAUGAUAUUUCUGUAGUAUUUAUGUUGCAUUUCUGCGGCUAAAAGUUAAUGACUUGGAAGUAUGUGAUAUAGACAAAUUUAGAACGAACCGAUGAAGUACGGAUUAUAGUCGUUCACCAAUUUAUUACAUAAAAGUUAAUAUUCUUUAACACGAAGAAUUUGUCAAAAUGACCAGCCUCGCUACACGGACAUUUUCAUCUAAACUGUGGAGAGACAAAAGCAUUUUACGACCAUACUUCGCGUAUCUCCCGUGGUGUAAACUGUCGACAGGAAUUAAACCUCAGGAAGAAAUUACCAACGAUCAAGAAAGUUUCAUAGACCCGUUGACUCAUCCGGACUUUUUUAAAGUUCACAAUUUAUUCACGGUGAAAAACUUAUUCGAUGCGAAAGUACAUUACGGACACAUGGAAGGAUCUCUGGACGAUCACAUGCGACGGUUUGUAUUCGGAGCCAGAAUGGGACAUUUAAUAAUCGACUUAGACCAAACCGCCGCACUUUUGCGGCAAGCAUUAAAUUUUACGGCUCAUAUAGCGCUCAGAGAUGGAAUCAUUCUAUUUAUUUGCAAAUCUCCUAAGUUCGCUCACUUGGUAGAAACCACUGCUAAAGAGUGCGGGGAAUUUGCUCAUACCAGGCGAUGGAAGCUUGGAACAUUUACGAAUUCCGUGCGCGAGUUUGGGUUACUCACAAGAUUGCCAGAUUUAUGUAUAUUUCUCAAUACUAUGGAAACUGUUACUAAACAGCACACGGCGGUGAUACACGCAGCCAAAAUGGCUAUUCCAACGAUUGGCAUUGUUGACACAAAUUGUAAUCCAAAUCGUAUAACGUAUCCAGUUCCCGGGAACGACGAUACACCUUGUGCCAUAGAACUCUAUUGUAGGUUAUUUAAGGAAGCAAUUAUGAGAGGAAAGAAGUGUAAAGAUCUAUUAUCUUGAACGAUAAAAUAAUUUCCAUACGAUAAUCGCAUCUUAUAGAAUUUUUAAAUUAAAAAAAAAAAAAAAAAACAAAUAUCAUUUUUGUUAAAUUUAUUUUAUCGCUGUACUCUGACAGAU